AUGUGUCCUUCCUCUUCCUCGCCUUCCUCUGCUUCAUCCCUUAGUUCAUCUAGCUCAUCAUUGUAUGAUCUAUUUGAUGUGAUCGCAAAAGAAAGCGCUGACCCUGGAGCAUGCACUGAUUUUGAUUCACCCAACAAAGCUCACGAGAUUACUCAACCAGCAUCAGAAGAUCAUGAGAAUGAUACUUCCAUUGAAAAUUCUCACAAAUCAAAAGAAAGUGAGCGUGGCUCUUCAGAUCGCACGCUAACAUUCCCAGUUUCUGAGGCCGCUCACGAAUCCCUGGUGCACAACAUGCCGCCAACACAAUCCCCUCCUCUCCAAGUCAUGGAACGACCAGAAGGAUAUGAUCCUUCUAGGAUUCCAUCAUCCGUCUUUGAAAGAAAUAAAGGUCCAGCACCAAUGGAUUGGAGCGUUGCUUCCAAUGAAUCAUUGUUUAGCAUUCACGUAGGAAACAAUAGUUUCUCCAGAGACCAUGUUGUAUUGUUGGGCGAUCUGGGAUUGUCUGGAGACAUUAAACAGUCAGGUGAAUUGAUCAUGUUCAGCCCACCCGCUACAAAAGCAAUGGUGGCCACUGAUAAUCAGUCUUCAGAUCCUGCCUUGGAAACCUACACAGAGAAGGGUGGAGCAAAUGGAAUAUCAGAUAAUACUAUCAAGGAUCCCGCAGAAUAUCAAAAUAAGGAAAAUAAACCAAACCAAGCUGUAUCCUGGAAGUCUCCUAGAACUUCCAACCUUUCAUAUGAAAGUGGAGACAGUGUCGAGUCCUUUUCUUUUCCAAUAAGAAAGAAGAAAUAUGCAUGGCCAUUUUGCUACUUUUCUAGUUGUAGCUGGGCGCUCUGCUACUGUAAACGGCCAAGGUGCUACUUUAGGUGGCCAAGCUGCUCGUGUUCUUAUUGUAGCUGGGCGUUCUGCUAUUAUUGGAACUGUGGCCGAAAGGGAUGGUGUUGUCAUAAAUAUUCUGCUUUGGCAGAUGGGAUGAGAAAUGGUUCCCUGAAAGCAGGUAUUGAGCAGCGGCAGCAGCAUCUGGAGUCACCGUCUGCCCCAGUGAGUCAAGAAUCGGCUUCAUGUCAUUGGUGUCAUUGCUUUUCAUGUUGUUCACGGGGUUGUUCUUUCAAUUGCUGUUGCUCCUGUCGAAAAAUCAAGUGUUGCUGUUAG